AUGAUCAAGAAUAAGAAAAGAAAGGGUAAGCAGGUUGCUGAGAUCAAAAUUGUCCCAGAACCACAACGCAUCUUUCAGAACCUCCAUUUCUACUUCUUUCCAAACAGCGAUACACACCCUGGUCGCAGACAAAGGAUUAUCAGAGCUUUGGAGUAUGGCGCAACUUGGCAAAACGAAUUCAACGAUAGUGUCACUCACAUCAUUACUGAUCGCGAGUAUGAUUACCCGCAGCUCUUAACAUACCUCAAGCUGAGGGAACUUCCUACUGCUGUUAUCUUGGUCAAUGAGAACUACCCAUCGUCAUGUAUGGAGUUUUACAAGCUGGUGGACCCAUCAAGCGUUGAAUUCAGAGUCAAGGGCUACGAACUGCCAGCUCCCAUCACAGCAGUACAACCCCAGGCAAUUCCAUCCCAGGUGUCCGAUGUGUCUCUGAAACUCAAGCCUGCGAAAGGAAAAGCUGCUGCAGCUUCGUCUUCGCAAUUGACACCUCAGCCAGAGGCAAGCUCCAACCUGGCGUCUUCUGCAGCAUCACUAUUAGCUUCACUCUCGCCCAUCAACAACGACGAGCAACAAGCCAAGAGCAAGGACGAGGAUGAGCUCGAAUCGGCCAUUAGGGAGGCCAAAGAGUCACACCCCCUUGCCUCUGACGAUGAAGAAGAUGGUAAUCGUCAUAAGAGACGCAAGACCAGCAGCUGGCAAGACAAGUUCACGUGCAUGCACAAACACACUGGCGGUAAAGGCGAUCAAGGUCCGAACGCUCAGACGCUGUCCGUCCUGCAAGAAUUGGCCGACUACUACGACCAAACCCGCGACCCAUGGCGCUCAAAGUCCUACCGUCAAGCAAUCUCCGCCUUGAGAAAACAUCCAACCAAGGUCACUACCAAGGAAGAAGGAAUGCGUGUAUUUGGUAUCGGUACCUCGAUAGCAGAAAAGAUUGAGGAGAUCGUACGCACAUCUCAUCUGCGCAAACUUGACUCCACCAAGAUGGACGAGCGUCAGCAGAUCCUCAACAAGUUUCUGAAGAUCUAUGGUGUGGGUAUACAUGCAGCUGAGCGCUGGGCCAGUGCAGGUCACAAGACACUCGACGACUUGCUCCAAAAAGCCGAAUUGACCGACAACCAACGCAUCGGAGUCGCCCACUACGACGACUUCAACACCCGCAUCCCUCGCGCCGAAGUCGAGCAGCAUGCUACCACAGUCACCAAAGCACUCAAAAGCCUAGACAAAAUCUACACAAUCUACACCAUGGGCUCCUACCGCCGCGGCGCCCAAAACUCGGGCGACAUCGAUCUCCUCAUCACCAAGCCCGGAGCCUCCAUCGACGAGAUCCGCACGACGGUUAUGGACCGCCUCGUCCCCCUCCUCACCACCCAAAACUUUCUCGUCGCAGCACUCGCCCAAACCUCACAAGCAGACGGCACGAAAUGGCACGGUGCUUCCUGCUUGCCUCACAGCAAAAUCUGGCGUCGCAUUGACUUUCUACUUGUGCCUGAAGCAGAGUUGGGAGCUGCUUUACUCUAUUUCACUGGCAAUGACAUUUUCAAUCGCAGUAUGAGGUUGUUGGCUAGUAAGAAGGGUAUGAGGUUGAAUCAGCGCGGACUCUACAAGGAUGUGUUGAGGGAUUAUGGUAGGGAGAAGUUGAGUGAGGGUACGCUUGUGGAGGGGAGGGAUGAGAGAAAGAUUUUUGAGGCGUUGGGGGUGCCUUGGAGACCUCCUGAGCAUAGAAUUUGCUAG